AUGGAAAGCAUGUCUCGGUCUCGAGUAUUCUCGUCUCCUGAUCUCGCACCACCUUCUCCUACAAAAAUUCUAAAGCCAGAAGAAUAUAGUUUAGAAGGUAUUGCCACAAACGUGAAGCUGCUGCUAAAAAUAAUUCAAGAGCAUAAUGGAGCAAGUACUAGUGAUAACCGGAAAAUGCAAAGGAUUGCCGGAAUGAUUACAAUCUUAGAUGAUUGUAAAUCGAGAAUUGAAAAGUCUCAAUCUUCCAAGAAAAGAUUGGCUGAGCUCAGGAGGUGCAACACAGAACUAAGGCCUAUGCCUAUGCAUUCUCCGAGAGUUAGAGAAAGGAAGCCUCAGGAUGGCAUGACGAGCAGCGAGGAUAAUAAUAAUGACAGGUUGAGAAGACAACUUAGUUCAAGCUAUAAUGCAAGAAAAAGCCUAGAAAUUAUGUGUUCAAGCUUGGGAAAGGAGAAGGAAAUUAUGGCAGGUGAACUUGCCAAAAAAGUUAGUGAAUUGAAUGAAAUGGAGGAGCUUGUUAAUGAUCUCAAGGCACAAAAUGGGACAUUGUUAACGAAGCUGCAAUCUCAGGCUGCGGAGAAGGAAACUAGUGCAGGGGAUAAUGAAGGAAACGCAGAGCUUCAGGAUCGAAACAAGGAACUUUCAGAGCAACUCCUCAGAUCCCUUGAUAGUUAUCGAUCUUUAAAGAGGAAAUACAGAGAUGUAAAAGAGGAAAAUUCAGAAAUUUUGAGGACAAUGGAAGAAAUUGGGUGGGAGGUAAGUGCUGGUCUUGAACAGAUCCGUAUUUUCAGGCAAAAAGUGGCCUCAAGCAAAAAGAAACCAGCAGAUAUAGAUGACGAUAUUUCAGCAUUGGAGCAUAUGUUCAAAGAAUUUAACAUGAAAAUUUCCAAGCACGAGGAGAAGAACACCGACUCCAUAUUUGAAAUAGAGAGUUUUGCAAGAAUUCAAUUCGGUUGA